AAAACAUUUACCUCAAAGUAUUAACUAUAACAAAUUGUAAAAAAUCCAAAAACGAAACAAUAAUAAUAAAUAAAUAAAGUCUUCGUAAAAUAUUAUAUCAAUAUUUUCAUCUUUGCAACAUAAUAUCAAACAAACAAACUACAAUGCAAAACACAAAAAUGCCUUCUAAUAGAAUCCUACUUCAACUGCAAACAUUUGUUUAUUUGUGAGAAAUAAAAUCUAUUUUCCAAAGAAAAUGAACAAAAUUAAAAUUCCUCAAAUUCAGAGCACACAAAACAAUUAAUCCAUUCGAAUUGAAAUUUGAGUUUUUAUUGUUUUUAUUUUAUUUCCUUUUUUUUUGUCACGGCAAAAUAAUGUCGAUCAUUCAUCACAAUCAUCAACAAUACAUGAAUUACAACAAUCAAUAUUAUUUCAAUUCAAGACACCGCCGACGACAAUUGCAAGUUAUUGUCAUCAUUUGUGCAAUUGGACUUUUGCAACAAUUACACAUUGUCGUUGGCAAUAAAGACAAACUAAAUAUAAACAACAGCUACGUUCCUAUUUUAAUAUCAACAACAGCAGAAUCGGAAACUACAAGUAGUGAGAUAGUAUCACCAAUAGCAUUAUUGCAGCACCACCGAACUACUAGCAGCAAUAAUGACAAUGACCAAAAGAAAAGCAAUAGCAAUAGUAGCAUAUCCUCAUCCUCAUCCUCACAUUCAUCUAAAUACAUUGUGAGUGCGAGUUCCAUUGAUAAAACCCAAGUGCCUUUGGUUAAGAAUUCCACUGUGAACGUUUUAGGCAGUUCACAGCUAAAACCUACAAACUACAGCGUCAUGACUUUAGUUCGGAGCAUAGAUGCUCGUUUGAAAACUAUACGAAAUAUCGAACUUGGAAUCACCACGAUUCAGGAAAUUUUCGAUGCUAUGGACUUUAAAGCUAUCAUAAGCGAGACUAACAACACACUUCACAAAUUCUCAAACCGCCUGACAAAAAAACUCCAAAAAGCCACAACAAUAAUUUAUGAUUUUAAAUGGUUCUUCGAAAAUAACAUCACACAAAUAAUUGACAGCACAAUAAUAACCAACAGAAAUUCAGAAUCAGAAUCAAAUCAAACAAAACCUCUCAGAGAUCAAAUAUUUUUAAAUACCCUGAUACAACCGUGUCCAUUUGAAGACUAUAGCUUAGAGCAAAAUUACAAUAAACAGCAAAUUCAAAUAUUAAAUUAUUUAAAAAACAAUCAUCAUGAUAACUUAGUUAUCGAAAAUAAUUUAUCGUUUAAAUUAAAUGGGAAAAUUUUAGAAGAAAUUCGACGCUUAAAUAACCAAGAUGCGGCCAACAAUUACAAACACAUAUAUUAUUUGUCGAAUUAUGAUUAUGCAAGUGAUCAUAAUUGUCAAUAUUAUUUUAAUAAUUUACAUUUUCGCCGGCUGUAUGUGGCAACAAUAGUGGAAAAGAAACGUGUAUUUAUUCUAAUUGAUGUUGGCAGUGUGCUUAGUGUUGAACAGAUGGAGCUUUCUAAAUCAUUUGUAUCAAAUCUUGUUCAAAUGCUCACGGAUACUGAUUUUAUAAGCAUUGUUACUAUUUCCGAUGAAGCUAUACCAAUGGAAUUGACCAAUUUCCGACAAAAUCCAUACAAACUAACAUAUUUGGCAACACCAGAUAAAAAAGAAGAAAUUCUUGAUUAUAUUUCAAUGCUUAAACGUUCAACCGAACCAACAAAUCAUUCCUUGGGUUUUGAGUACUCGUUUAGUUUGUUGCGACAACAGAAUCUAUCCGAAAAUGAACCUUUAGAAUUUAUUUAUGUAACCAGAGGUUUACUGACAAGAUUAUCUGAUGCUAGAAGUGUUUUAGCUGCAAUUGCACUUGGUCAACAAAUGCUUCCAUUUCCUAUUACUAUUAACACUUGUGCUGUCAUUUUAGAUGAAAAGCGUAUUAUGUAUGAAAAACAAUUCCUAAAUGAUAUUGUCCACCAAAACUACACCAAAUACGAUAUAGAUGUAUCGAGCUGGCACACAAAUAAUUAUCAUCAUAAUUUAACUGGAAAUCUUUAUAUCAUAACGAAAAGACAUCCAGAACGAAUAAUUAAAAUCAGUACAGCUGUUUUUUCUGAUCUAUUUUAUCGUUAUGGACGUUCUAGUGAUAAAUUACAAUUACAUCAGCCUGUUGUUGAUUAUAAUGCCAAAGAUGGCAUUGUAUCGAUAACUCAUGGAAUAAAAGAAUUUGGUGUUAUUGGAGUUAAUCUUUAUCUUUCUGACCUAGCUGAGGAUGUUAUGAAUUUUAAAAAUUCCGCCAAUAGCUAUGCUUGUUUGAUUGAUAUUAAUGGAAUAGCAAUAAUACAUCCAGCUUUGCAACAAGUUCCUUACUUAACAAAGGCAUCACUUUCUGUUGAUAUUGCCUUAUUGGAAAAUACAAUAGAUUUUCAAAGUUUUCGAAAAAUUUUACUAAGAGAAAAAGAAGGAAAUGUAACUCUUUCUGUGAUGGAAGAAGCAAAUUCAAAAGAUGUUACUAAAACUUAUUUAUGGCACAGAGUAAUGGAUAUGUUAAUUGUUUGUAUUGUUACUACAAAAUCAAAAAACACAAAUAAUGUAAAUGGAAAACCAUUUGUGCCGCAAUACCAAACUAAAUAUGGUAAUGUGGGUUGGCAAAAAUUCCAGCACAUCGAAUAUAUGGCACCAUUUGAUUUGUUGUAUCAUAGAAUUGAUUUGAUAUCACCUCAUACACCAGUUUGUCGUUAUUUUCGACAGAUUGCUACUCUCGACAGUGUAACAUUGUUCCUAAGCGCCUCAGCAUUUCAGUCUCCAUUUACCUAUUUGAAAAACAAUCGUUUAAAUUGCGACAAAACGAAAAUUCGUACUGUACAAAGUAUAAUGGCCUACAUUAAAGAUAAUACAGGCCUAUUGGUGAAUCCCGGUUUGUUGCCAAGAAUACGAAAUGAUGUUAGUGCUCUCUAUAGUGUUAUGGAGCAUUUGAGAAAGCGUCAUUUAAAAAAUGGUGAAUUUAAAAAUUACAUUAUUCGUCGUUACGCAGCAACAAUAAGCGGUGUUUUGCAAGUGUAUCCUGGUUGUCUUUUAGCUACAGAUUUUGAUCCAUUACGGAGACCAUGGUUCUUAAAGGCGGUGCAGCAUCCAGGAAGGAUAGUUGUUACACAACCGUAUUUAGACGCAGGAGGUGCCGGUUACAUUAUUACCAUAGCUCAUACUGUAUUUGAAGGUAAAGCAAAUGCUCUUCAUAAUUCAGAACGUGAUUCCCCAGUGGCUGUAAUAGCUCUUGAUGUUCCUUAUGCAUUUUUUUAUAAAAUAAUUUUGGAUACACCAUUGUGCCUUGAGAAUAAUAUCAAAUGUAUUCUUUUCGAAAACGAAGGUUAUCUAAUUGCACACCCAUCAAUGAUGGAAGCAGUGACUGCAACAAACAAUUUAAGGCGACCCCAUGAACAUCUUACUCACAAAGAAUCAUUUUUGGCCAAUGAUAUUCUGAAUCACAAAAUUUUAGUAAAAAAAUUAGCAUGCGCAAACUAUCAAAAUCGUAAUCUUCAACGGUAUUAUACAUUCAAUACAUCUUUAACAGAAGUCUUAACGAAUGUAGUUCAUGGUGAGCGGACAAAAUAUAAAAUAACAGCAGUAUGGGGGACAAAUAUAUUUGCGGCUGUGCUCAAUUCGACUUGUGAUGGGGGUGCUUUUUGUCCAUGUAGUACAGUGGAUCGGAUUUGUUUAAAUUGUAAUCGAAUGGAUCAAACGGACUGUGAAUGUCCUUGCGAGUGUCCAAUGCAUAUUACAAAGGCAACCACUUCAGAUGAUGAUAAUAAUAAUGAGGAUGAUGAUGAUGAUAGUAGUGAUGAAUAUGAACUUUUGCGAAGUUACACUCUGCGUUAUCCUUAUUGUGAACCACUAUCUGAUACACAAUUGGCAUUAGAUAAUUCAUCAAGUUAUGACUGGAAUAUGGUUUUGAAUUCUUGCCUCCACAUAAAUUGUGAUGUGUAUGUAACACACUUCGAUUGCCUUGCUGUUAUGGGUUGUGAAUGGUGUCAAUUGGAUUUGGAUGGUAAUGCAUUUAGUGCAUCAUUUUGUACAAUGCAGAACUCAUGUUUUAAUGGCGUAUUGAAUUCAUUAACUCCAUACGGAGACGGAGAGCUUGGUUCGGCUAUAAUUGAACCACCAAAAUCUCAGCCCUAUUCGGCAUUUGGCCCAGUUGGGGGAGCAAUAAUUGUUUUGUGUUUGAUAAUUGGUUUUGCAAUGUAUUGUUAUCGUCAGAGCCUCGAGAAUGGUGUUGAUCAAUUUUAUGUGGACUCGAUGCAUGAGGACAACUAUGGGGUACCACUGUCACGUUUCAAUUUUGACAAUAUUUCUCCACCCGAUAAUGGUGACAUGGAUGACCUUGGCGAUGGUCACGGAGGAGCUUUGAAUCGUAAUCUUGUUCAUCCGAUUGGUAAUGCAAUAGCUGUGUCCGAUAUAUCACCCUAUCACAUGUCCACUGGGAGUAGUUAUCGGAGACCACCAAAUGGCGAAUCUGAUCAUGGUUAUUCAACUAUGACACCGCAUGAAGAUUCGGAGCAUAUGUGUUUUACACUUGCCGAACCAUUGAUAAAUAACAAACGACUUUCAAAAUCUGAUUCCUUAUCGAUCAGCACAUCGGUUUCGAGUCCAACAAAUCACAAUAACGGCAUCACAGUUGAACGGCCUGUCUCUAGCAUGGGUAUAAGAAUACGUUCGAAUGAUCAUCGUAAUACACCGAAAAAUAAUUCUAUAUUUGGACAAACUGAAUUGGGUGAUUGUAAUAAAGAAACUGAAAACCAUCAACAACAGCAAAUGAGUCCGCAUCACAUUCUUGCCCGUGUUACCGUUCAUCGUCAUAUGGAAGCCUUAUAGCAUGGACUGAUAUCAUCAUAGAUUUUAAGUUAAAAACUAAGUUAUUCCUUAUCCUUAUUUUCAUCUCUUCCGACGCAGUACGUUAACGUGCCAUAAUAUUAAAAGAAAAAAACUAAACUAAACAUUGCAUAUUUGAAAUAUUUUUGUUAUUAUUUAACAAAAAAAUUAUCAUAUCGCUAAAUUUUAACUUAAGUUUGAACUUCAAACAACUUUCUCUUAUUGAGAGGAAUUUAGUUCUUUUUUGAAUCAAAUCGUGAGCUAAAGCUCAUAGAUAUAUAUAACAUAAUGAUGAGCUAUACAAAUACAUAGAACCAAUUCACUUGGCCAAUUUAUUGCGCAAGUAUUUCCAAAAAUUGUGAAAAAUACACAAAAUGGUAAGCUUCGGUGUGUAUAAGUGAUCAGCGUAGAAUUUGAUUUUACUUUUAUUGCACUCAAAUAUAAAGACAUAGGUAUAAUAAAUUGUACGCGUACUAAAACGCCAACAGGUAUAACCAUUGAAUAAUUAAAAAUACUGCAGAUUACCCAUGAGUCAUUGGCAACUGAAGAAAGAUGAACUAU